UUCGUUUUGGGCGCAUUGGCGCGAGAACAUCGGAUGUGGUCUGUUUAUAAGAGUGGUCACUCACGUUAACGUAUUGAAAAAGAAGAGAGUAAUUAUUGAUAUAAAUAUACUUUUGUUUAUUUUGAUCCAAGGUUAUACAAUAAAGCAACCAAAAUGUUUUGGGGUCUAAUAAUGGAACCGAAUAAACGAUACACUCAAACCGUUGAAAAAUCAUUCCACGUGUCUAUGGCGACUUUGGAUGUUGCAAGCGCCGAUGACGAUGUAGUACAAGUGACUGUAUAUUAUGAUGGUACAAAUUACUUACUCUGUAGUUUAAAAAAAGGUUCUGUAUGGCAAGUACCACUUGAUUUGCACUUUCAAGAGGGUACUAAAAUAGCUUUCACAUGUAAUGGGCACAGUCGUGUGCAUUUAACUGGAUAUUUAAUACCAGAUGAUUUAGUUGAUGAAAUAGAAGAAGAGGAAGAAGAGGAAGAAAAAGUUCAACAAUUAAUUGACAAGCAAUCAAAGAGAAAAGCAAUAGAUUUUCCAAAAGGAAAUAAAAAAGUAAAAAGAGUAAAAAAUGAAGUUGAAUCGUCAGAAGAUGAUGAUUUGGAAUUAGAUGGAACAAAUAAUGAUGAAGAUAUCGAUGAAGAAGAAGAAGAAGAAGAAAGAAAGGAAUCUCUGUUGAAUGAAGAUGAUGAUGAUGAUGAUGAUGAUGACGAUGACGAUGACAUUAAUGAAGAAGAAGAGGAAAAGAUACGAAAAAAAUUCAGCAAACAGCAACAACAGGGAAAGAAGAAUAAGCAAGUAGAACAACUACAGCAAAAAAAGAAGCAAGAUAAACAAAAAUUGGUAAAUGGAAAGGAUAUCAAACAGAAUCAACAAAAAAAGAAUAAAGGAGAACAGCAACAACAGAAUACUUUAAAUGAGCAGAAGAAAAGGGUGGUUGAGGGAGGUGUACAAGUAAAAGACAUUAAAACAGGCAAUGGUGCAUUUGCAAAAGCAGGAAAAUUUGUUUCUGUGUACUUUAUAGGACGAUUGCAAAAUGGCAAGAAAUUUGAUGCCACUACACAGGGAGAUGGUUUUAAAUUUAGACUCGGAAGGGGUGAAGUUAUCAAAGGUUGGGAUGUAGGCAUUACUGGUAUGAAAGUUGGUGGAAAGAGACAAAUUACAAUACCUCCAGCUAUGGCGUAUGGUGCUAAGGGUUUUCCACCUGCUAUUCCUGGCAACAGCACACUUAUUUUUGAAGUUGAACUAAAAAAUGUCCAUUAACAUGUAAUUGUAAUCUGACAAAUAUUUGCAUAUUUCAUGUAACUAUAAUUCUAAAAAAUUUCACUAUUUAUUUAUUAACGUAUAAGGAUAUAUUAAAAAUUUAUUAAUAAUGACAAAAAAUCUCUAUAGGUUAUUAUAUUUUAA